AUGGGAAUGGGGUGGAUGAUACAAUGAACUGAAUGAGCGCAGUUCGAAAAAUCUCCUGUACUGGGAUACCGGAGCGGAGUAAAGCAACUCGGUUUCUUUCAUAUCGCUGCUAGUUAGGCAGCUGAAGGGAAAGCAAUACGAGGAGGGAGUGAUAAACACAGACUGUUGGCUGAGAACGUGUUCACUGACGGAUGAAGGUUGCUGACCAGCUUCCCUGGGUACCGCUGGUGAUGCAAGUUUGUUUUGCCUGAAGAUGGAAACACUUGAAUCUGAAUUAACCUGCCCAAUUUGUCUGGAGCUAUUUGAAGAUCCUCUGCUCUUACCGUGUGCCCACAGCUUGUGUUUUAACUGCGCCCACCGGAUCCUCGUUUCUCACUGCACCUCCAACGAGACGAUCCAAUCGAUUGCUGCCUUCCAGUGUCCGACCUGCCGAUAUGUUAUCUCUUUGAACCAUCGCGGCUUGGAGGGCUUGAAGCGGAAUGUAACUCUGCAAAACAUCAUUGAUCGCUUCCAGAAAGCCUCGCUGAGUGGACCCAACUCCCCUAGUGAAUGUCGCCGUGACCGGUCAUACAAGGAUCCUGUCACCAUGUCCUCUGAGAGGGUUCAGUGCCAGUUCUGUGAGCAAGAGCCACCACGAGAUGCCGUCAAGACUUGUGUGACCUGUGAGGUCUCCUACUGUGACCGGUGCCUCCGGGCCACCCACCCCAACAAGAAGCCAUUCACUGGCCACCGGUUGAUUGAGCCCAUUCCGGACUCUCACCUCCACGGACUGAUGUGUCUGGAGCAUGAAGAUGAAAAGGUGAAUAUGUACUGUGUCACGGAUGAUCAGCUGAUCUGUGCCUUAUGCAAACUUGUAGGACGCCACCGGGAGCACCAGGUUUCCUCACUGAGUGAUAGAUAUGACAAACUUAAGCAAGCAUUGGAAACUAAUCUUGCGAAUUUGGUGAAGAGGAACACAGAGUUGGAGUCACAGAUGGGGAGACUCAUUCAAAUCUGCCAACAGGUGGAGGUAAACACUGCAAUACAAGAGAACAAACUAAAAGAGGAAUGUGAUGAGCUGAUGGACAUUAUUAGACAAAGGAAGCAGAUCAUUGCUGUGAAAAUCAAAGAGGGAAAGGUUAUGAAGUUGAGAAAACUAGCACAGCAGAUAGCAAAUUGCCGACAAUGCUUGGAGCGGUCAGGGUCUCUCAUCAGUCAAGCAGAACACAGCCUGAAGGAGAAUGAUCAUGCACGCUUUUUACAAACAGCCAAAAAUGUAACAGAAAGGGUUGCUAUGGCAACAGCAUCUUCUCAAGUUCUGAUUCCAGACAUUAACUUGAAUGAAGCUUUUGAAAAUUUUACCUUAGAUUUUUCAAGGGAGAAGAAAUUACUUGAAAGCUUGGACUAUCUUACUGCCCCAAAUCCUCCAAGCAUUCGAGAAGAGCUCUGCACAGCAUCUCAUGACACAAUUACUGUUCAUUGGACCUCAGAAGAUGAAUUCAGCAUCGUUUCCUAUGAGUUGCAGUACACUAUCUUCACUGGACAAGCAAAUUUUAUCAGUUUGUACAAUUCCAUUGACAGUUGGAUGAUUGUCCCCAACAUUAAGCAAAACCAUUACACUGUGCAUGGACUUCAGGCUGGGACAAGGUAUAUCUUUAUUGUGAAGGCAAUCAACCAGGCAGGCAGUCGCAUAAGUGAACCGACCAGAUUGAAAACUAAUAGCCAACCAUUCAAACUAGAUCCCAAAACAGCUCACAAGAAAUUGAAGCUUUCCAACGAUGGCCUGGCUAUGGAACGGGAUGAGAAUUCUAUGAAGAAGAGCCAUACACCCGAGCGUUUUAGCAGCCAAGGGAGCUAUGGGGCACUGGGGAAUGUAUACAUUGACAGUGGCUGCCACUACUGGGAGGUUCUACUUGGUGGAUGCACAUGGUAUUCCAUUGGCAUUUCAUAUAAAUCAGCCCCAAAGAAUGAGUGGAAUGGAAAGAAUUCAUCAUCCUGGGUAUUCUGUCGCUGCAAUAACACAUUUGCUGUCAGACACAGUGGCAAAGAGAUGUCAGUGGAUGCUAGCCAUCAGCUACGAAGGCUUGGUGUUCUUCUCGACUACGAUGGUAACACGUUAUCAUUCUACGACGCCAUGAACGUGCACCAUCUGCACACGUUUGACAUUUCUUUUGCUCUACCCGUGUGCCCCACAUUCACAAUCUGGAACAAAUCAUUAAUGAUUCUGUCAGGGCUCCCUGUCCCGGACCCAUUAGACUGCUUGGAGCAGCAGCAGGAAUGCAUUUGUAGACCCCAGGAAUCUCCUUAUACGUCAGGGACAAAAGUCAGUCAAUAAAGGCCAGACUGAAAUGUAACUGACCCAUCCACUAUUUCCCUACACCCAAAAAAAAAGCAUUAUUCCAAGUAGGGCUAGACUAUGCAUUGUGCCCUCUCAAGGUAGCACAAGAGCCGCCUUACACAGAAUGACUACUAUUAUAUUGAAUUUAUAAAUUAUUUAUAAUUAUGUUCACAAUUUAUCAUUAGAGAGAGAUUGUAUUCCAGAAAAUGCACUUUCAAGACAUGCUUUUAGAUUAUGGAAAGUUGUUUUUAAUAUGUCAAGGCUGGAAGAAAAUAAUUUAAGUAGAUCUGAAGGUUCGGCUUCAGUUUCUAGAAGCUCAUGUAUUGUACAUUAGACACACCUAAAUCUAGCAUCUGAAGAAAGUUGUUAUUCUUGUUUGCUGAGACUAUAAUCUGCAACACAAAGGGAGAGCUUCUCACACUGAAAGGAGAAUAACUCCACCCUGCAUGUCGCAGUAGAACAGUCACCAUAAAGAGAGAAUCCCCAGCUGCUGUUAAAUGACUAAAAUGGUGUGCAGAGAACAGAAACAGCAAGCAUGUUUAGACAGUGCCUCAAAAGAAGAACCUAAUUCUAUCAAGAAAUUUGUCCUGAUGUAUUUCAUGGAUUCAUUAUAUUGUCAUCUUGUUGUUAUUGUUUGUGAAUGAAAGGAUUUCCAUUCAAGGCUCUGUAUUAAAACAAUAAUGUUGAUAUAUGGAACUCUA